CAACAACAACAACAACAACAACAACAACAACAACAACAACAACAACAACAACAACAACAACAACAACAACAACAACAACAACAACAACAACAACAACAACAACAACAACAACAACAACAACAACAACAACAACAACAACAACAACAACAACAACAACAACAACAACAACAACAACAACAACAACAACAACAACAACAACAACAACAACAACAACAACAACAACAACAACAACAACAACAACAACAACAACAACAACAACAACAACAACAACAACAACAACAACAACAACAACAACAACAACAACAACAACAACAACAACAACAACAACAACAACAACAACAACAACAACAACAACAACAACAACAACAACAACAACAACAACAACAACAACAACAACAACAACAACAACAACAACAACAACAACAACAACAACAACAACAACAACAACAACAACAACAACAACAACAACAACAACAACAACAACAACAACAACAACAACAACAACAACAACAACAACAACAACAA